AUGGGCAGGGACUGCCGCGCACUUUCAGCGUUUGGACGAUGGGCACGUGUGCCAUUCCUCGAUGAGCGUCUCCUGAACUUUGUUUGUCGUUCUGUACCUUUCGAACAUAUCGUUCAGCCAUCAGUAGACGUGCGUGAAGCAGCGGAAGAGGCGAUGCAACGCCUGCUUAUGGAAGCCAGAGAGCCGACGCCUGUCGACAGCGAGGACGAGUUAAAUUGCCCAUCGGCGAGUUGGAAACGCACCGACAUUUUGGAAUUGGGAGAAGAAUCAACAAUGAAUCCAACUGUUACCUCUGCAGCUGGAGGACAGAAUAACGACACAAAACUCAAGCUAGGAGAGGGUAGCAGUGGCUUGUGUCUAGGUAACAAGUGGCUCGUCCGGCUAUGCGCAGCCUUUUGUGGACUGUAUUUUAGCGCCGCAGCCAAGAAGCGAGCCAUGCAGUUUGGUUCACGAUCUGCUAAAGUUUCAAAUAGCGAAUACUUCCCUAGCAAUCGCAAAGCCCGAGGAGAUGCCACUUUAGGAAGCUCUGACGAAACUCCUCAUAUCUGA